UCGUGACCGAGGAGACAAGAUGGCGCUGCGGGCGAUGCGGGGGAUCGUGAAUGGGGCCGCACCCGAGCUACCCGUGUCCACCAGUGGGCCGGUGGUAGGAGCUCGGGAGCAGGCGCUGGCAGUUAGCCGGAACUACAUCUCCCAGCCUCGCCUCACAUACAAGACAGUAUCAGGAGUCAAUGGUCCACUAGUGAUCUUAGAUCAUGUUAAGGUAUUUGAAGGUACUUCAGGUAUAGAUGCGAAGAAAACGUCCUGUGAGUUUACUGGAGAUAUUCUCCGAACACCGGUGUCUGAGGAUAUGCUUGGCCGAGUAUUUAACGGAUCAGGAAAACCCAUUGACAGAGGCCCAGUUGUGCUGGCUGAAGACUUCCUUGACAUCAUGGGCCAGCCAAUCAAUCCUCAAUGUCGAAUCUAUCCAGAGGAGAUGAUUCAGACUGGCAUUUCGGCCAUAGAUGGCAUGAACAGCAUUGCCAGGGGGCAGAAAAUUCCUAUCUUUUCUGCUGCUGGCCUACCACACAAUGAGGUAAGAAUGAGCAUGUGGUUGGACUUAAUGUUCCAUUUCAGCAUUGAGCGAAUUAUCACCCCUCGCCUGGCUCUAACCACAGCUGAAUUUCUGGCCUACCAGUGUGAGAAGCAUGUACUAGUUAUCCUCACAGACAUGAGUUCUUAUGCAGAAGCACUUCGAGAGGUUUCAGCAGCCAGAGAAGAAGUUCCUGGUCGACGAGGUUUCCCAGGUUACAUGUAUACAGAUUUAGCCACAAUAUAUGAACGUGCUGGCCGAGUGGAAGGUAGAAAUGGCUCUAUUACUCAGAUCCCAAUUCUCACUAUGCCUAACGAUGAUAUCACUCACCCCAUCCCUGACUUGACUGGAUAUAUUACAGAGGGACAAAUCUAUGUGGACAGACAGCUGCACAACAGACAGAUUUACCCGCCUAUUAAUGUGCUACCCUCAUUAUCACGGUUAAUGAAGUCUGCUAUUGGAGAAGGUAUGACCAGAAAGGAUCAUGCUGACGUAUCCAACCAGCUGUAUGCCUGCUAUGCUAUUGGCAAGGAUGUCCAAGCCAUGAAAGCCGUAGUUGGAGAAGAAGCCCUUACCUCAGAUGAUCUUCUUUACUUGGAAUUUCUGCAAAAGUUUGAGAGGAACUUUAUUGCUCAGGGUCCUUAUGAAAACCGUACUGUCUACGAGACUUUGGACAUUGGCUGGCAGCUGCUCCGAAUCUUCCCCAAAGAAAUGCUGAAGAGAAUCCCUCAGAGUACCCUGAGCGAGUUUUACCCUCGAGACUCUGCGAAGCAUUAGCUGCUACUUCAUCGCUGGCUCGAUACACUUAUGAAAUACUGGUUCUAUUUUCUUUAUUCCUUUUGCACCCCCCAUCCCCAUCUUUAUGUUGGAGUUUACCAUGUUACCCUGUAAUUAAAAACAAAGAAUAGGUAACGUAUUGUGCCAGUGUUCCGAUGUUUAAAACUGAUAACAGACUUUGAAGUAUCCCGCUAUUCAGAAAGCCUGGAUCUUCAAUGCUUUGUUUAAAAUAGCUGCAGGAGUGGAGGUGAAGUUUUCUUAUUUGAUGUGUGUAUUUGUACAUAGUGACAUAGUUAGUUGCCUAAUAAUGUCCUCAUUAUUUGGGUCUUCUCGACUUCAUCUAU